GCUUGUUUCGAGCUUCGAUCGCUCUCCUGCCCAUCGGCCAUCCCAAGUCGGUCGCUUGCCGCUUUGUGGAUGGCAAUUGGUCAUCAUAUCGCAUCUGUCGCCUUCUGUCCCGAGAUCUCACGUGCGUGGAAGUCUACCGGAAGUCGGAUAAUCUGGCCGCUUGUGCAUAUCAAUAUACAAUUACAUCACUUCAUCAGAGGCCGACUAAAGGGUGAUCAUAACAGUCACAGUUCUUGGUGCCAGCCAUUGCAUACAGUCAAUUGUGUCUUACAAAUAUUCCUCACCGCACGCUUAAAUCGCCAGGUUCCUUUGACGCCGACAUCUGAUAUGACUGCUCUCGUCUCGUGCUAGUAUUCUAUCCUAACACACUCGGCGCAUUUAUCCUUGUGCCGUUCCUCUGUGUCCAAACUCAUUGAACUGUUACUUCAUCAUGGCGGGGAUUAUGACUCUGCAGGGGUCUCUCCCGGCAUCUCGGCAAUUCACGCGCUUGUCCUGUGUUCUCCCAUCAUCGUCUCUUGGGCAUUGCUCCGUGUCUAAGAUAAGAUGGCAAGUGCUGCAAGCGAAAGGAGCGUGUAGCUUCUCGACAGUGCGCACCUCAGGCGGCCGCUUUCCGCUCAGUAAAAUCCAGGCAAGUGCACCGGCGAAGAAGAGCAAUGGUCUCCGCAUCAUGGAGUCGCAGUGGGCGCGAACAACUCUCCAGCAAAAGAGAUGGUCAGCGCAAAAGUCGACCGACCGAAAAGAUGCCCAAGGCUCUGAACCCAAGUCCAAGACAUCUGCCAUUCUGUCAAAGAUCCCUUUGCCCACCACUCAUGAGAACAUCUACACUGUCCCCAACAUUCUCACUUUCACGCGUUUAGUUGCCGCUCCCUUAGUAGGAUACUUCCUUGUCCAAGGCCAUCAUACGGCUGCAUUGGGUCUUUUCGCAUAUGCUGGUAUCACGGAUCUCGUGGAUGGUUACAUCGCACGCCGCUGGAACCUGCAGACGGUCGUCGGAACCAUCAUCGAUCCCAUGGCUGAUAAGCUUCUGAUGACCAUCGGUGUGGCUUGCCUGGCUGUCAAUGGUUCGAUUCCUGUCUGGCUCGCCGUCAUCAUCCUUGGCCGUGACGUUGGUCUGGCCCUGUCGGCGAUCUAUUAUCGAUGGAUCUCUCUUCCCCCGCCGAAGACUAUGGCUCGGUAUUGGGACUUCUCGCUCCCAUCUGCCGAGGUCAAGCCCACGACGGUCUCCAAAGUCAACACUGCGUUGCAGCUUCUGCUCGUAGGCAGUGCGAUCGGCAUGCCUGUGCUUCCGGAGGCGGUGAUUGAUGCAUGGCAUCUGAAGGAAGCCAUGACCGCAUUUCACACAUACGACCACAGGGUGUGGAAAACAGGGCUUCCCGUCCGCUCAGCCGUACUUAAGCCACACGCCGGGAGGUUAGUAGUUGGAUACCUCGUUGCUGGAACCACGAUCUGGUCGGGUCUCAGCUAUGUGUUCUCCAAGGAUGCGGUCAAGAUCUUGACGAAGGAGGAGGUUCAGAAGCGUCUUGCCAGAGCCGCGGGGAAGAAGUAGUGGCGAAGAGAUAUAUAGUUAGUGGUAUGGGAGAGUAUGUGUACUGUAUAUAUGUAGGUAGCAUACCAUUGAAGGCCAACUAGCAGCAUAG